AGACGGAUGUGAGAGCGUUUUUAGUCCUCAUGCAAAACAACCAACUAAACAUAACAGAUUACAUCAGCUCAGGCUUUUCAAUUCCUGGAUGGCAGCAGAGUGCUAAUCCAACCUUCAUCCUGGAUUUCACAAACUAAAACAAGGGAGGCUGGCAGGAGGACAGCACUGUCGGACUGAGGAAAUUGACGACGGUGAAGCAUGUGGGCAACACACGGUAUAAAGCUCAUAAACUUGUAGGCUGAUGUGCAGCUACUACUUUGGAUUCCUUAUUGCCGCUUCCUUCAGCAUAAAACCACAAGCCUGAACGUUAAACCUGCUCUUUGGAACUGAGCAUUUAUCACUGUGAGACAUGAAGAGCUUCCUGUUUUUCACCAUCCUCCUGGUACCAGUGCACAUCGGAACUGCUUGGAGUGCAAAAUAUGCAGUAGAUUGCCCCGAACCUUGUGACAGUAAUGUGUGUAAAAGUACUUUGCGCUGUAAGCGAACAGUGCUUGAUGACUGUGGCUGCUGCAGAGUCUGUGCAGCAGCCUUGGGGGAGACUUGCUACCGCACUGUCUCAGGUAUGGAUGGUGUCAAAUGUGGGCCUGGGCUGAAGUGCCAGUUUUACACUGAGGAGGAUGACUUUGGUGAUGAAUUUGGUAUCUGCAAAGAGUGUCCUUAUGGUACCUAUGGAAUGGAAUGCAGAAAAACUUGUAACUGCCAGUCUGGUAUAUGCGACAGAGUAACUGGAAAGUGUUUGAAGUUCCCGUUUUUCCAACUUUCUGCUUCAAAGCCACCAAACAGACGAAAGUUAAUUUCACAUACAGAGAAUGACAUGGCAUCGGGGGAUGGUAACUCUGUAAAGGAGGAAUUUGUCAAAGAGAAAGUAAUUAGCUCUCCAGUAAUGAAAUGGUUAAAUCCUCGCUGAUAUUUACUUACAUUGGUAGGACUUUCAAAUGACCGCAUUUCUCACACAUUAUUGAAUAUGCAACAACACACUUUAAAAACAAAGUACAUCUAUAGCAUAUGAAAAUGUAACCUCUGAAGACCAAUUGUGAUUGUGUGCAUCGUCAGAAAAAAUGUUUACUUACAAAAUAGACUGUACAGUUUAUAUGAUUUUUGAUACUUGUUUUGAUAAGUAUUUGAACACUAAAAUGUAUUAUGGAUUGUUGAAUGUAUAGUAAUAUUGAAAACCAACACCUCCCCCCACUGGCAUUUGAACAGUUCCUGCAUUCCCCGUGCAAGGAAAUUCCUGUUGAAUUCAAUGGACAUUUUAUGUAAGUAAAAGCUGCUGACGUGGAGCCAAUGUUAGGGUGAUGCAAGUUGACAAAAGCUUGGAAAUGCAAAGUUAAAAACUGAUGUCCUUGAGUCACACCAGCAAGAAUAAUACUAAUGUAAAGGGCACAACGGUGUGAAUUCAAUAAAUCAACCUUAACUUUGAAUAUUCUGGCUUUUGUUAGUUUUGUGACAAUUAACAAGAUGUAAACAUUACUUUAAGCAAGCGGUUCUCAAACUGUUGGUUGGGACCCCAAAGUGGGUUGCAACCCCAUUUUAAUGCAUUAGACUUGCUGGGACCCGGGGCUGAAGCCCAAACCUGAGCUCCACCCCACUGGGGGCAUCGGGACUUGGGCUCUGGCCCCUUAAUCCCCCCCAGGGUGGUGGGGCUCGGGCUCCAACCCCCUGGCCCCCCCUCCAGUCACAUAGUAAUUUUGUUGUCAGAAGGGGGUCCUGGUCAGGGCCGGCUCCAGGCACCAGCUUGUCAAGC